CACCACGCAUGCGGGUGUGCAGAAGUGAGCGGCAUCCAAGAUGGCGUUUUUACAGCGGUGGGUCCUGAAGGGGGUUAACUUUGGAAUAAAGACCGUCGACUUUGCCACGCCAAGGCUGCAGACUUUCUGGAAGUAUGCUAAGGUAGAACUCCAGCCGCCCAGACCCAGUGAACUUUCACAGGUCAUCACAGGCUUACAGAAGGGAUAUGCAAGAAUAGACAAGGGCACAUGGAGGGAGGUUACUGUAAGAGAAGCUGCUCGUAAUGGUUUAGUUGGACUGGAGUUCCUUUUCAUCUUCUUUGUCGGAGAACAGAUUGGUCGUAGGUCAAUUAUCGGCUACAACAUCCCAGGUCGAAAGUUAAGUCACAGCCCAUUUGAUCAACCUGGGCACGACUGGUAUGAUGAUGACCAUUAACGUAACACAACAGACUUGGACAAUAUCGCUGUUGGGCAGUUUUCAGUGUGUCCCGGUCUUUAGUCUGACAAUCCUAGUACAUAGGUAAUAUUUGCUGUGAAAACUUGUUUCUUGGCUUGUAAGCCAAACUUAGUGAUGAUGUUGAUUUUGGAUGUAUUGGACAAGAUUCAGGAAGGAGGUAAAGCAUUGAGCAGAAGAAGAAAUGUGGAAAAUAACAGACAAAUGUUUGUGAUACAUCAAGUCUGGGUUAACUAUUAAAUACAACUGUUUGUGAAAAAUCGUA